AUGAGUACAGCAGCUGUGGCGUCGGCAGCCAGCGGCAUCGCCCGACGCUCUCGCAUCCGCGGUCUCGACGGCCUCGCGCGGAGGAGAAGCUUCCAUGGCACCCCUCCGGUGUCCCCACCUGGAGCACCAGCACCAGCAGGCUCGGCAGCAGCAGCUCUCGCCCCGAACCGAACGCUCGGCAGAUGCAGGUCCCUGACCUCAGCCCCAUCCACCACCGGCGGCGGCGGCGGGAGGAGGAGCUACACUAGCGCCGCGCGCGUCACCUCCGCUGCGCGGCGCGGCGGCGAUUGGUCCGACGACAGGAGCUCUGGCGGCGACAUCGUCGGGGGGAGGAGGAGACUGGGGCAACGACAAGGCGCCGCGGAGCCGGUCAUCGGCCGAGGACAGCGAAGCGUCGUGAGCACUGCGAGGCACCGGCUGACGGGGCAACCCGUGGCUGUGAAGAGGCUCGCGCGCGCGGAGACUACUCGCUUAGAGGUGAUGGAAGAGGUGCAGAUGCUCAAGGUCGCUGGGAAACACCCGAAUGUGGUUACCAUGCAGGCGUUUUUCGAGGACCAGGAGGCUUACUACAUCGUCAUGGAGAUGUGCGAGGGAGGGGAGCUGUUCCACCGCCUCGCUGACAAGGGUCGUUACUCUGAGGGACAAGCGGCGCGUAUCAUGGCGGAGGUGGCAUCGGCGGUGGGUUUCUUGCACAGGAAUGGCAUCGUACACUUCGACCUGAAACCGGAGAACAUCAUGCUCGCCGUGGGCGGUGAUGACUGCGUGCCCGAGGUGCGGCUGGCGGACUUCGGGUCGGCCUUCAGGCAGUACCGCCAGAUUAGCUCCGCUCGAGACUACACCGCCGCCUACAGCGCCCCCGAGGUGCUCUCCCGCCAAUCGGUGGACGACUACCGGCAGGUAGACAUGUGGGCGCUGGGCGUGGUGAUGUGGGUGCUCUUGACGGGCGAGCACCCGUUCGGCGCCCACUCAGACCUGUCCGAGGCCGAGCUGGCGCGCAGGGUGGCGGAGAUGGAACCGGACCUGAAGGCUCUCAGACACGUCUCCCCCGAGGCGAAGGAUCUCGUGCGCCGCCUGCUGGCCCGCGACCCGGAGGACCGCCCGUCGGCUCUCCAGCUGCUCUCCCACCCGUGGCUCCGCGCCGUGGUCACCACGCACCGCUCCUCGCUCCGCCGCCCGCAGGGCCUCGUGCGCCGCAGGCACCAGCAGCAGCAGGUGGAGGGUGGGUCGUGGGGAGUCCGGCCGCCUCGCCACGGCGGGGUCGACGCGGAGCGGAAGCAGGAGGGGGAGGAGGGGGUUCAGCAGCGUGCGUCUUCUUCGGCGGCUGCGGCGGUGGUGGCCACCGUAACCGGGGGGGACCAUCUACGGGCUUGAGUGGUUCGGUACAAUCUGCUGUGCCCCCUUUCGGAGGGAAGGUUACGGUGCCCCCGGCGGUGGAGGAGGGGGGGUGGCAUCUACCGGCUUCAAUGGUUCAGUACACUCUGCAGUGCGCCGGAGGGGAGGCUACGACGGUGCCUCGAACGACCCAUUCCUAGAGCUCUUGAUCCCAGCCGGUUGGAGAGGCAACAAAGUUUGGGUCUGUAAAUAACCAAGGAGCGCUUGGCCAAUGUACAUCUUCAACGCACGGUACAAAACGGUGCAUGCUUGUGUGUCGGGUUUGUGGACGGGGGGGGAGGGAGGGAGGGGGGCGGUCCAUGGGUUGAUAGAUGCGCGCUUUUUGUGCUUUUGAUUUUGGUGUGGUUUUAUCGUGUGUUUUGGUGAGUGUGCGUGCGGUGCGUGCGCGGUUGUGUUUUUUUUCGCGAGUUGUUUGUCGCACCGCGCCAAAUUAAGACAAACGAGCCCCCGGGCGUAUCGUAAACGAGGCUUUUUUUCUGUGCGAUGCAUCAUGAACGGCUGAGACUUGUAUCCCUCGCACCGAGAGUUUCUAGACAGGGGCCGGCGGGGGUGGGGGGUGGUUGCGGAGAGGGUGCUCCUCGCCGUGUGUUCUAGAUGAAGUGUGUAGGCCUAGCUUUUAUUGUGUGCUUUUCGCCGCCUUUCUGGUGGGCUUACAACCAUGCAUGUUUUCUUGGCGGUCGCACGCACGGGCAUAUUGUUGUGGUGUCUCUUCCAGCAGUAGACACGAAAGAGCCGCAUGAUGACAAUCACCGCCAGAAUUCAGGAAUCCAGCGUGUCAGAACGGGGGAUGGACAGGCAGCCGGGUAUGAGGUGUCGCGAAUGCCAUGACGAGCACGAGCGCGUCGAAUUGAUUCUGGCUGCUUUGGAGAGUACGUAGCAGUGGCGCACUAAAUUGUGAAGGGAAUGUACAUAGGUUUCCACGGUAGAGGCGGGAGGCGGGGGCGGGGGGGGGGAUGUGCUACGCUUUUUUUUGUGGGGCACAACGCCACAAAAACAUGAGAACGCUUGAGGCAUGAGUUUCCCACCCCUCCCUAUCCGAGCAAUCCGACUCUUUUUUAUUCUUCGGCCUUUGGCAACGUGAUGGGUCAUCAAUCUAUCCAUCCACCCAUCCAUCCAUCCACGUUGGUUGGACGGACCCAUCAGUUCUUCCUAAGCCAGUAGUUGAGAUGCAUGUGUUGGUAAAGGCGGAGGGCGGGGAGUAGGCCGCGCUUGCCCAGUGUCCUUGGUGCUGUCAGCUGGUGUGUGUGUUGUUGCUACGGUAUCUCACGACUCAUGUUACAUUCCAGUGCUCGACCACCUUCGCUGGACUUUGGUUUUCGGCAAUUCUGCUGCUACAUUGGCUGUUGGAGGGGUGAAUCGAAGGGGGUAGCGGGGAUGUAGUGUAGUUUCUGGGGGUCCAUUUGAAGUUGGUGUUUUCGUAGAAGGCGGCUAAAGCGUUUCCGCCGGGAUGCGUUCGCGCUUUUUGUUUUGCUUCGUGGUGUCGGUGCUUCUGGUGAUGUAUGUGGCUGGCUACAGGAGGCGUGCUUGCUGUAUUAGCGCUGGCGCUGCUGGCCGCGUGCAAUGGGCCUGGUUCUGCGUGCCGUGUUUUGCCAAAUUGGGCAACCGUACAUGUAUCGACAGAUGGGUUUGAAUGGAGAGCCAGAAAGGGGGGUGAGUGUCUUGUCUCCAUGGCCGCCUAGACACGUAUCUCUCCUCCUUCGUGUACAUAAAAAGAGAGCGAACAUGCAUAGAGUCAACCGCACGUCGUGUGGGGUGUUCCACGCCCACGCUUGACAACGAGCACUGGCACGACAACGGCGGGGGUAGAAGAGAGAAACGUUUCGGCUUGGACUGCAGCUAACGCCCGAGUCUGUUUGCUAGACGCCGCUUUUCAUUUUGGCGGCACCAAGCUGUAGUAUAAGCUGUGUUGGGGGUGAUUUUCAGUUGGUGGAUGGUAUGAGUGAUAUUCAGGGGCUGGGUGUGCGCGCCGUGCUGUCGUCUGUUCUGGUGGUGCUGUGCAUCGUAUUGGUGUGACAAUAUAUAUUGCAAAUUAAUUUGGUUGGGUCCGUGGAGUUCGCUUUUAUUGUAGUCUACAUUUCGUAGGCGUUUUUUUCUAGCUUUUUCUUGUACCAUGGUAAUCAAAUUAGCACGCACUGCUGCUGCUGUUGCUGCUGCUGUGCUUUUCCAGCUCUUGUUUUUUACAUUUUGUCUGUUGGUGGGCAAACUAGCUGCUUGGAGGCCGGUAGUGCUCAGUUGGUGUCCGAUUUUGUCUGAACUCGAGCCACAGGCGAGAGUACAUGUAGAUGCCUGCCUCUGUCUGCCUCUAGCGUGACUCACGAGUAUUCGAAAUCGGUUAAUAUUGAAUUACAUUCAGUCCACGCGCUGUAGUAUUGCCUUGCGCACACGCCAGGUGUUCCGUGGCGUACCAUGGUAUGUGUAUCCUUGCGGAAGAAGAGGCAGCUGUCGUGCCGGUAAUACUCUCUUCGGGAGUCUGUGUGAAGACCACCGCGACAAUCUGCAGCUUUCAAGAGACAUAUGAUAGAGAC